AUGCAAACUUUUCUAUUGAUUUAUUUAUGGGAGGAGCUUUUAUUUUUCAGCUUGGUGACAACUAAAGAAAUAGAAGGCUCUCGAUCCCGUGCUCCGGCAAUGUCUCCAUCUGACUUUUUGGACAAAUUGAUGGGACGGACAUCAGGAUAUGAUGCCAGAAUUAGACCCAAUUUUAAAGGCCCUCCUGUUAAUGUCAGCUGCAACAUCUUUAUUAACAGCUUUGGCUCAAUUGCAGAGACAACCAUGGAUUACCGUCUAAACAUCUUCCUGCGCCAGCAGUGGAAUGACCCCAGGCUGGCGUACAGUGAGUACCCCGAUGAUUCUUUAGACUUGGACCCCUCCAUGUUGGAUUCAAUCUGGAAACCAGAUCUCUUCUUUGCAAAUGAGAAAGGAGCCAACUUCCACGAGGUGACAACCGAGAACAAGCUAUUAAGAAUUUUUAAAGAUGGGCUUGUUCUUUAUUCAAUAAGAUUGACUUUAAUUCUGUCAUGCCCAAUGGAUCUGAAGAAUUUCCCGAUGGAUGUUCAAACCUGCAUAAUGCAAUUGGAGAGCUUUGGCUACACAAUGAAUGAUUUAAUCUUCGAAUGGGAUGCAGAUAAACCAGUGCAAACUGCAGAUGGACUAACCUUGCCACAGUUCCUCCUGAAAGAAGAGAAAGAUUUACGCUACUGUACAAAACAUUACAAUACAGGAAAAUUCACAUGUAUUGAAGUAAGGUUCCAUCUUGAGAGACAAAUGGGCUAUUAUUUAAUUCAGAUGUACAUUCCGAGUCUUCUAAUUGUGAUUCUAUCCUGGGUAUCAUUUUGGAUAAACAUGGAUGCAGCCCCUGCUAGAGUAGCCUUAGGAAUCACAACAGUGCUCACCAUGACGACACAAAGCUCUGGAUCUCGUGCUUCAUUGCCUAAGGUGUCCUAUGUCAAGGCCAUCGAUAUCUGGAUGGCCGUCUGUCUGCUGUUUGUGUUCUCUGCCCUCCUGGAGUAUGCAGCUGUGAAUUUUGUGUCAAGACAGCACAAAGAGCUACUCCGACUACGGAAGAGGAAACGCAAGGUCAGAAACCAUCUUCUUAAAUUGAAGCUGGAUGAUGAGGUGAGAGAAAGCCGCUUUAGCUUCACCGCGUAUGGGGCGGGACCUUGCCUACAAACAAAAGAUGGCGUCACCACUAAAGGUGCAAUCAACGCAUCCCAGACUGCCCCAAAAAAUCAAGAUGAUAUGAGAAAACUCUUCAUUGACAGAGCCAAGAAGAUCGAUACCGUGGCACGAGCUGGUUUUCCUUUAGCCUUUUUAAUUUUCAAUAUUUUCUAUUGGGUCAUUUACAAAAUCCUCAGACACGAGGACAUACACCAACAGCAAUAG